CUUUUUUCUUCAUUCAUUACACACCAAGAAAAUUUUCACGUCAUAAUACGCGUUUCGCUUAGCAAAAAUUUUUUUGUAAAAAUUUUUCUAAAAUACUCCUAUUAAAAUGGAAUAAAUCAAUAUGAAAGUGUUUUAAACACCCAAUUCAAGUGAUGCCCUACCAAAGUGCAAUAUUGGUGUGCUGAAAUAUAAAUUUCAUGAGGCAUAAAUUGGCCAAUGAAAAAUCUAAUAAUCAAAUCUAUCUAGUCAUUACAAAUUAUUUCCUUGUUUCUUAUUCAAAACGACCGACCUACCUACCAACAACAACGACCAGCAGCAAGCAGCCAGCCAGUAAAACGAGUGAAAAAAUCUAUCUUUUAGGCGACGACUACCUUGAAUUAAAAUAAAAAGAAAAACAACACACAAAAAAGCAAUAACAACAAACAAAUUUGUUAAAUAUUUCGUCAGCAAAACAAGAAGUACAUAAAAACAAAAAUGAUGUGUUUAUGAAAUUUCAAAAAUAUGACACAAAAAAAGAAAAAUCCUAAUUAAUUGAAGUGAGAUUAAAAUUGAAAAGAGAGAUAGAAAGAAAAGUGAAUAAUGUUGCUUAACAAAAGGAAAUUGAUUGUUUCAUUCUAGUGGGAAAUAUAUCCUCUUCAAUAAGAAAUUAAAUAUUGUAUAUAAGCAUAACCAACCAUAUGUAGUGAAGAAAAUCUAAGUGAAGUGCUACCAGUGAGAGAGAGAGAGAGGAAAAGAGCCAGAGAGAGGAGUAGCAUACAAAUUAUAAGGGGUUGUAAAACCCCCUCUCACUUGACACUUGCUGGUGCGUGUGUACGUUCGACGAGAGUGAGUGCGUGAUUGUGUUUCUCAACCAUUAUCCUUCGUUCUCGACAUCACUUCACCACUUCCAUGUCGUUAUCCUCAUACUCCGGCGACAAAAAUUUGACAUAUACCCCCCUCCGUACAUAACUGAGAGUGUCCUCGCAUGACAAAUUAAUUGUUGGUGAGAGAAGGAGAGUGUGUUAUUUUUAUUGGCUCUUCGUCGUCGUCGGCCGUGGCAUCGCUGUUGAAACAAGUGAAGGAUUUAAGGAUUUGCAACAAAAAUAGAAGAAACAAGAAAACAUUACAACAUGGAUAACGACGACACAUUACUCAAUAAUCGUGGUCCUCAGCCUGGUGCUGAGACCGUUUACGGCACCGAUGACAACAACAUGGUCAUGUCUGAAAAGAACGAACAGGUUGUCAGCAUCGUGCAACAAUUAGCCGGAAGUAUUUAUCAAGAGUUUGAACGCAUGAUAAAUUGCUAUGAUGAAGAUGUGGUUAAGAACCUAAUGCCCUUGCUGGUUAACGUGCUAGAAUGCCUGGAUGCAUCAUAUCGCAUAAAUCAAGAACAGGAUGUGGAAUUGGAGCUGUUGAGAGAAGAUAAUGAGCAACUGGUGACACAAUAUGAACGGGAGAAAAGUGCAAGAAAGCAGGCUGAACAAAAGCUGCUGGAAUCGGAAGAUUUGGCGGAGCAGGAAAACAAAGAGCUAGCAAGUCGCCUCGAGUCCCUAGAGAGUAUAGUACGAAUGUUAGAAUUAAAGCAUAAAAAUAGUUUAGAACAUGCCAGCCGUUUGGAGGAACGUGAAUCCGAUUUGAAAAAGGAAUACAAUAAACUCCACGAACGGUAUACAGAAUUAUUUAAAAAUCAUGUAGAUUAUAUGGAACGUACCAAAAUGCUAAUGGGUUCAACCCAUUCCCAAAUGAGCUCAACAUCCGAACGCAUGGAAUUGAGUCGAGCAAGAUUAAAUCCAGUGGCGAGAUCAUCUGGUCCCGUAUCAUUUGGUUUUGCUUCGCUGGAAAAUUCCGCCAUGUUAGAUACGGAAACAAUUUGCAGUGUUGGCAGCAAUUCGGAUGACUCAGGUCCACCUUCGUUACAAAAUGAAUUCGAUAAUCUACAGACGGUAGAGAGGGCGGCUGAAACCGACACAUUACAACAACAAAAUCAAGCCACCUCACCACAAAGUGAUAGUAGUCCCACUGUGCCAAAUAUACCAUCUAACGUUGGUCGUACGACUACGAAAAAGGAACAACGCUCUGCCAAUACUUUGUACCAAGAGCUGUCCUUUCAAGAUAAUGAAGAGAGCGAAGAUAACGAAAUUGUUACAGGGAGCUGGGUACAUCCUGGGGAAUAUGCUUCUUCAGCUAAUGACAACUAUUUUGGGAUGGGCAAAGAGGUGGAGAAUCUCAUCAUGGAAAACAAUGAGCUGUUGGCUACUAAGAAUGCUCUUAACAUUGUCAAAGAUGAUUUGAUAGCCAGAGUCGAUGAACUCACCGGUGAAAUUGAAAUAUUGCGCGAGGAGCUGAAUGCCAUGCAGCAAUCAAGGAAUAAAUUACGUACCAAAGUUCAAGAGCUGGAGGAAGAAUUGAAAAAGACCAAAGAACAGGUUAAGCAACAAACAGACAAUGAUCAGGAUGAAAAUGAUGUACCGCUGGCCCAACGCAAACGUUUUACACGCGUCGAAAUGGCCAUGGUGCUCAUGGAACGUAAUCAGUACAAGGAACGUUUAAUGGAGUUACAAGAGGCUGUGCGUCUAACGGAAAUUCUAAGGGCAUCGCGUACCGUAGACAACCUUGAUAAAAAAUCUAAACAAAGCAUUUGGAAGUAUUUUAGUAAUCUUUUCACCCCCUCCAAUCGCCCACCGGAGCGUGUCAGCGAUGGCCAAGGGGGUGGACCUAUUUUUCGUUACUCAAGCCCAUCCCACUCCCACGGAUCCCCCAGUAGAAAUAGCGACAGUCGCCUUGCCAUAACCGGUGGUCGUGAUGGUGGUCCCAUGCCACAUCCGGCAAGUGCUGGCCUAGCCAAUGCCUUGCCCAACAAAGAUUACACCGAAGAAGGUACCUCGGAAAGAGCUCGGGCCAGGCGCCAUGAACAGUACCGUCAACUACGGGCUCACGUCCAAAAGGAAGACGGUCGCCUGCAUGCCUAUGGCUGGAGUUUGCCUGUAAACAAAACAGAAAAAGAACCCCAAACCAGACAUUCUGGUGGUGUACCAGUGCCAGUCUAUUGUAAUCCCUUGGCCGAGGCCUCGCCUCACAUGAAAGUCUUUUGUGCAGCUGGUGUUAAUCUUAAUGGUGGCUUCUUCAAAAAUGGCCAGUGCAUUAUACCAAGUAAUUCUCCGUUUGCUCCUCGCUCUACGGCAAAAAUUGCCGAAAUAACCAGUCCCUCAGCUGAACAUUCGGCCGAGGCAUUAGAUCGACAAAUUACUCGAGCUAGCCUUGAACAUCUGGAGCCCGAGACACAAUUGACUCCUUAUGUCUGGAUAUGCACGAGCACACAUGCAGCCAGUACUGUCACUGUGGUCGAUGCCAAUCAAUCGGCCACGGUGUUAGAUGUGUUCCCGGUCUGUGCCUCCCAUUUGUUGUGCAUUGCCUCUGUACCCGGUGCCAUGGAAAAGGAUUAUGCCUUAUUGGAAAAUUCAGAAGUCAUAAAGGCCGGCGAAAUGCUGGAAAGGCCGGGCGAAGGCUCUGAAGGCCUUGGAAAAGUUGAAUUUGUACGUGUUAAACCGAAGUCGGAUAAAAAUAGCAAUACCAAAGAUACGGCUGAACCUUCGCUGGAGGUGAAUGCCGAAACUCCAGUCGAAGAAAAGGCCAAGGAAGCUACAGAAAAAUCAAACGAACAGAAUGGCUCAGCAGUGCCCAUUGAACCCUUGGGCAAUGUUAAUGAAAUCAAAAUACGUCAACCCAUACCCGGUGCUCCACAACGUCUUCGAAAUGAUGCAAACAAUGCCAGCACGAAUGCUACAUCAAACAACGGCAGCAGCAGCAUGGUCACAACGUUGACCACCACCAGCAACAACAAUAAUUCACUGAGUCAACAACUACCCUUCUCAAAACCAAACAAUCCCAUAUUGGGAACAAAGGAUCGCCAAGAGGAUGCCAUGAGCUCGGUGGGUCCUACCAUGUGGAUGGGUGCUCAAGAUGGUUGGUUGUAUGUGCACAGUUCUGUUGGCCGUUGGCAUGAAUGCUUGCAUAAAGUUCACUUGCCGGAUGCCGUCCUAGCGAUAGUUCAUGUUGAGUCACGGGUCGUGGUGGCCCUUGCAAAUGCACAAUUAGCCGUGUUCCGUCGCCAAACAGACGGCCAAUGGGAUCUGAAUAGUUAUCACCUAGUUACGCUAGGUGACCGUAAUCAUUCGAUACGUUGCCUCUGUGUGGCCGGCGAACGCAUAUGGGCCGCUCAUCGCAAUAAGAUAUUUAUUAUCGAUCCGAUAUCAUUGAAUGUCAUCCAUUCGCUGGAUGCCCAUCCGCGCAAAGAGAGCCAAGUACGACAGAUGGCGGCAACAGGUGCUGGUGUGUGGGUUUCAAUAAGACUGGAUUCCACAUUACGUUUGUACAACACCUAUACAUUUGAACACAAACAAGAUGUCGAUAUUGAACCGUAUGUUUCUAAGAUGCUGGGUACUGGCAAAUUGGGCUUUUCGUUUGUACGAAUAACGGCAUUGAUGGUGUCAUGUAACCGCCUCUGGAUAGGCACAAGUAAUGGCGUUAUCAUUUCCGUACCACUAACGGAGGGUCAAGGUGAUCCCAGUACUCAAUUGCCAACAUGCUGUAUGGCAAAUGCUCAAUUGUCCUUCCACGGACAUAGGGAUGCAGUUAAGUUCUUUGUUUCGGUACCGUUGCGACAAAACAACAGCGCUCAAUUACAAUUUACUAACAAACGGCCCGAUAUGUUGGUAAUGUGUGGCGGUGAAGGUUACAUUGAUUUUCGCAUAAGACAAGAAAGAUCUGUAACUGAUGCUAGUGAUAAUGCUGCGCAUUUGAUAGUUUGGAAAGUUGAUUCAUGAUAAUGAUAUGGAGAAAAGCAUUAACUUGGAGCAGAAUCAGACAAUCGAAAAUCGCGGCGACAAAAGCUAUUUGAUUGUGUGGCAUGUUAGUCAACGUUAAGUUAAGUUCAUGCAAUUGUUGUUUUAAACACCAAUGUUUUAUUAACAAAGAUUGUUUAUAAAAAUUCAACACCUUAACCUAACCCCUAACCCCUUUUGUCCUCACUAAUAUAUGUUUUACCAAAAAAAAAAAAUCAAUUUAUCUUUUAGUUUUUAUAUAUUUUGUAUACAAAUGGAAAACAACAAAAAUUAAUUAUAUAGCAUAAUUAAAUUUGUAUUCAACAACUUAUUAAAAACAAAAGACAACAAAAAAAGAAGGAAAUCAUAGAACCAUACCAUAACACCACCACCAAAAAACGCAAAAGUGAACAUUUUAUGUAGCAAACGCAUGAUAAAGCAGAACUUUAGAUAAGAAAGAUAAAGCUUUUAAAGAUAUGAUUUUUCUAAGGAGAAAAACAAUGAAGUAUGUUACUCUUUUUUUUUUCAUUUUUAAGUUAAUAUUAUGUUUUACGCUUUUAUAAUAUGAAAAUUGAAGCUUUAUACAUACAUCAUAUUAUACAAUGUACUUUGGAAUGUAUUAGGCAAAAAACAAAAAAUAAUGGAGACAAAAUUACAUUAAAUAUUUAUAUAUACAUUAUUAUAUAUAUUUAAUUACAUAUUAUGUAGACAAGUGAUAUUGUAACCCCCUAAAGAAGAAACCAUAGAAAAGAAACAACAAAUAUUAAAAUAAUUUAUGUAAUAAAAAAUAACAAUUUAAAUUAACAAAAAUAAAAACAAAUUAUUAAUUAAAACAUGCAGUUAGAAAAAAAGAACUAAACGAAAUAUAUACACUAAUAUUUUCAAUCUCUCUAAACCAACACUCUUAAAUCAAAUCCACAAUCUCCUUUUUUCUACUCUUCUCAUAUCUUAAUAAGACAUAACCACUAAAAUGUUUUGUUUUUCUUUUUUAUUUGUUUCCUCUAACAUUGGUUAUAAUACUUUAUUAAAAUUAUAUUUUAGUUUUUAUAAUUUACAUGUAUAUAAUUUUAAAGCAACUGUAUAUUAUUUUCUCAUUUACUUUAGUUUUUCGAAAAUUAUUAUUUUAGAAAAAAAGAAACUACAUUUUAUUGUUUUAAAAUAAUUUGUUAAAUUCGUUUGUAAGUUUUUAUUUUUAAAUUAAAACACCAAGAAAAAACUAUAGAACAAACAAUUCUUUUAAUAAAUAGAUCGUUAAUACAGGGCGAGAUAAAAAAACACUGCAACAAAGUCAAACGCCAUAAUUUUUACAUUUUUUUAAAAAUUUUUAUUGAAUCAAAGCAAAAAAUGUCGGAAAUAGCAUCAAAUUUUAGAAUAAGUUUAGAUUUGUUCGAAUUGGUCACCAUUGCACGAAUUAUGGCCUUUACACGGCCAAUGAAACCGUCACACCCUGCCCGAAUGUUGCUCUGCGGUAUUUUGGCCCAUUUCCGACGAAGCACUUGCUUGAGGUGAUCGACACUUUGGUAUUUUUUGGUGUCAACCUUGCUGUCGAAAAUACUCCAGACACAAUAGACCAACGGAUUGGUAUCCGGAGAUUUUGGUGGCUAUUGUCCGCUGGAAAUGAAGCGAGGAACAUAAUUUUGUAACCAUUCGUGGGUGGGGCGAGUCCCGUUGGAAUGUCCAAGAUCUGCGGCCAAAAUGUUUGCGUGCCCAAGGCGUUAGUACACCCUACAGAAUAUUUUCGCUAUAAUAUUCGGCAUUUAUUCUGAUGACACGGUCCAUUAAUACGAGCGGAGAGCGACCAUCGGCUGUUAUGGCACAUUUUCAGCAGACGUCUUUGGCAAGUAAACACGAUCAUUUUGUUUGUUUACAAACUGCUGGACAACGAAUGUUUUCUCAUCGGAGAAAACGAAAUUCGGCAGUUCACCACUUUCGGUCAAGCAAAGUUACUCUUUAGCUCUUUUGAGUCUAUUUUCUUUCUGUUGCGGUAUAAGUUCUUGCAAAUUUUGAAAUUCCAACUGCUUUACCCCGAGCUCAUUUUUCAAUAUUUACCGAAUGGAAAUAUUGCUAUAUGUUCAGCCCACGAGCCAUUUUUCGGCCACUGCGACAUGGGUUUCGAUCAAGUCGCUACGGGCUACGCUACCUGUAUCACGGUAACGAGCGAUGGUACGAGACACAAAAGAUUAAUUCACAUUUUAAUGCUGGAGUGCUUUAAUGAUAGCCACUUGCGGUUUUCCAGCCAAAUAUAAAGAAAUCACACUAUCACGCUUCAAUUCCAUCGCGAAUAACUUUUUUUCUAUAAAAUUCUCACCAAAAAGCUUUUGUACGCUUGUAAACAAUGUAAUGAGCUGUCACUGGAAUAAUCCUAACAGCUGUCGGACUAGUGGUUUAGAAAUGACAGCAGUCCGAAGUUGGUUGCAGUUUUUUCAUCUCACCCUGUAUACGUUGAACAAACAUUUUUAUGGAAUGAAAGCAAGGAUAGUUUUUAUACUUCUUUGUGAUAGAAUAUUUUUCCAUUACUUCCCUUCUGAAGAAAAUUUCGAAUGCGUCCAAAGCCCGACCCUAAUUGGGCCCAAAGGCACUUCGAAACAAAUAAAUUUGGAUUAGUAGCAUAGUUAUCGACGUGUUUGUUCUGCUAAUGUGGUUAUGGUUCAUAAUCCAAAUGUAAAUUUCAGAUACUUGUGUGAGAUUUUCACAUAAAUCUUCCGGACUAAGCCAGGUAGGUGUGGUAGGGGCGUUUCGUCAUUUCGCGCCCAUCGGUAACUCCAUAAUUAUGAGUACUACUAAGACCACCCUUACUUCGUCUUUAUAUAGAGAUGGUAUCUUUUAUGGAGAGUUCUAUUCACCAUAUGUAGGUUUGAAUGAUUAUCACUUUUCAGGAUAUGAAUUUUUACAAUUCAAAGUAACUCGAUGUGUUUUAGUAUAUCGGUAUAUUAGACGAUCGCGAAAAGAAAACGGAAAACAAAUUUUGGGAAACUUUUCUUUAAUUAACUUAAAGAAUUUCUUUGUAUACUUUUAUUCCAAUAUCUUUUUUAACUUACAUUUUCGUUAUUUUUUAAUCACCACUUUAUCAAACACACACUGUAAUGCCUUUCGGCCAAGUAUUGGAAAAUAUAUGCAAUAUUUUUAUAGGAUUUUUUUCGUUUUGUAAAUAUUACUACACAAAA